GGCCUCUCGCUAACGGUCGCGAGGCCGUCGCACCUGCACGAGGCUGUGGCCCGAGAGUCCUGUGGAGAAGCCGCGAAGCGCGGGUGACCCGGGGGUCGGGCGGGCCAGGUCCGCGAGGCCGCGGCUGCAGCUGUGCAGGCCCGGGGAGCAUCUGGCCGGGCGAGCCUCGGAGUCUCAGGCUGGAGUGUAGCAGUGUGAUCUUGGCUCAGUGCAACCUCUGCCUCCCAGGUUCAAGCACUUCUUCCUGCCUCAGCCUCCUGAGUAGCUGGGAUUACUGGCGCCCGCUACCACGUGAGGUUUCGCCGUGUUGGCCAGGCUGAUCUUGAACUCCUGACCUCAGGUGAUCCACCCACUUCAGCCUCCCAAAAUGCUGGGAUUGCAGAUUAAAAAAAUGGCAAACUCCUUUGCAACGAGGACCUUCACUACCCUUUCAGGUCUGCAGCCAAAUAUGGCUAAUCUGAAAGUUAUCGGUAUAGUUAUUGGGAAAACAGAUGUCAAAGGCUUUCCAGACAGAAAAAAUAUUGGAUCAGAAAGGUACACUUUCAGCUUCACCAUUCGGGAUUCACCAGCACAUUUUGUAAAUGCAGCUUCCUGGGGCAAUGAAGAUUACAUCAAGUCUCUUUCUGACAGCUUUAGGGUUGGUGACUGUGUGAUAAUUGAAAAUCCUCUGAUCCAAAGAAAGGAAAUAGAAAGAGAAGAAAAAUUCUGCCCUGCAACUCCUAGUUGUAAACUAUUGCUCAGUGAGAAUCACUCAACAGUAAAAGUUUGUUCCAGUUACGAAGUGGACACAAAGUUACUUUCUUUGAUACAUUUACCUGUUAAAGAGUCUCAUGAUUAUUAUUCACUGGGUGACAUUGUUGCAAAUGGACACAGUCUUAAUGGGAGGAUUAUUAACGUGCUUGCAGCUGUGAAGUCGGUUGGAGAGACAAAAUACUUUACAACUUCAGACCGGAGAAAAGGCCAGAGGUGUGAAGUUAGACUCUAUGAUGAAACAGAGUCUUCUUUUGCAAUGACAUGUUGGGAUAAUGAAUCCAUUCUACUUGCACAGAGCUGGAUGCCACGAGAAACAGUAAUAUUUGCCUCAGAUAUAAGAAUAAGUUUUGACAAAUUUCGGAACUGCAUGACAGCAACUGUAAUCUCAAAAACCAUUAUUACAACUAAUCCAGAUACACCAGAAGCUAACAUUCUGCUGAAUUUUAUACGAGAAAAUAAAGAAACAAAUGUUAUGGAUGAUGAAAUUGACAGUUAUUUCAAAGAAUCCAUAAAUCUAAAUACAAUAGUUGAUGUCUAUACAGUUGAACAAUUAAAGGGAAAAGCUUUGAAGAAUGAAGGAAAAGCUGAUCCUUCCUAUGGCAUCCUUUAUGCCUACAUUUCCACACUCAACAUUGAUGAUGAAACUACAAAAGUAGUUCGAAAUAGAUGUUCCAGCUGUGGUUAUAUUGUAAAUGAAGCAUCUAACAUGUGCGCAACUUGCAACAAAAACUCCUUGGACUUUAAAUCUGUCUUUCUCAGUUUCGAUAUGCUGAUUGAUCUGACUGAUCACACAGGCACCCUUCAUUCCUGUAGUCUCACAGGAAGUGUUGCUGAGGAGACUUUGGGCUGCACGGUAAAUGAGUUUCUUGCAAUGACAGAUGAACAGAAAACAGCAUUAAAGUGGCAAUUUCUCUUGGAAAGAAGCAAAAUUUACUUAAAAUUUGUUCUAUCACACAGAGCAAGGAGUGGAUUGAAAAUUAGUGUACUCUCGUGCAAGCUUGCAGAUCCUGCUGAGGCAAGCAGAAACUUGUCUGGACAAAAGCAUGUUUAAAAUGCUCUAUCGUUUUAAACUCUGGAAAAGUAUAUGAGUUUCAACUCCCUUUAAAAUGGGAUAUUAAUUUGAAAAUUAUGGGGAAAAUUGCAUUUUGUUUACAUGUGGUGAACAUGUUUCUAGAAAUUGUUAUGGUGGAGGUGGUCUGGGUGAUUCUGAAGGCCUCUCUCAUCUGAUGUCCCUUCUUAGAAAGCCUCCUACUGUCUUUGCCUUGUCUCCUCCCAAGUUGGAAAAUGUUUACAUGAAUUAAUAAACAGAUUUAAUCUUCUA